AUGCGUACUUCUAUUGUUAUUCUUUUGGUUUGCCUUGCUGGUGUCUACUCCAAUCCUUGGACUUCUAACUACUCUAGUCCUUCAGACCUUGUCUACAUGUCUACAAACUCAAUUAAUUCUGUAAAUUUCUCCACUCUUUCUCCCUCACUUGAUUCUUCAUACUAAGCCUACACCUAAGAAGGUGGUCCUCUUGGAUACAUGGGUCCUCUUGGUCCUUUUGGUCCUCUUGGAUUACUUGGUCCAAUUGGUGAUAAUAGCUGGAAUGUUUCCCAAAUGGUUAGUGGCAUUGACUGGAGCAAAUAUUCUUAAUUUAUUACAAUUAAAGGUGGUCCUCUUUCAAAGGAUGGUCCUCUCGGUCAUAAGGGUCCUUUGAGUGCUGAUAUUUAUACUGGAAAAAUUGAACCAGGCAAGAGUCUCUUUGAAAAUAAUAGCUUUGCUUAGCACUUAAGAGCUCUUGGUAUCUUCUCUUCUCUUGGUCCCAUCGGACCUCUUGGAGCACUUGGUCCCUUAGGUCCCCUCGGUCCUAUUGGUGGUCACGGUUUCUAAGCUACUAGUGAUGGUCAAUUUGUUGAUAGUCAUGGUCAAGUUUAAAGAACUAUCACAGUCGAUUAUGAUGGCUAAACUAAAAGAACUUACAGCCUUUUUGAAGCUUAUACCUCCGAAUUUGCUAAGAAAAACCCUAAAGUUCUUGAUACCAGCUUUAUGAUACUUGGCACAGUUGAUGAUUUUGAUUCUAGUAAAUUAGAAAAAUAUACAUUUAUUUCUAACGAAGAUCAAAUAGUUACAAUUGUAGUUAUUCCUGAAAAAUCUCUUGAUGACUUCUCUCUUGGCCUUUAUGACUAAAAUGGCAAGCUUAUUGCUACUUCUGAUAACUUUGCAUUAGUUGAAACCAUUACCAUAAAAGCUAAGAAAGGUUAAAAGCUCACUGCUUCCAUCAAGCUCUCUUCAAGUUCUCAAAUUCUUUCCAAGACAUAUAGACUUAUUGUAACUGGAUCUACUUCUUACCUCAAUAUGAACAACGUUUCUGGAAAUCACUAAUAUCAAUAUUACUAAGGUGCCUAAUCUAGUAAAUUCGGAAAAAGCAUCAAGGUCAAUUACCUUAGAUCUGCAUGA